AUGACGACGAUCUCCCUCGGCGAUGUUAUCAUCAGCGACAUCGUGGUUCAGUAUGAUCUUGGAAGAGUUCUGGCCGAUCGCUUCGCUCGCAAAGACACCGCCCAUGAUAAUCUGGGACGGCCUAACAAGACCAUCCGCAACAUCCUGGCUAACUUGGGUGGAUCAAGAGUCCAAGAGCAAAUCGAGCAACGGGCUGGCAUCUUCCUCAAACAUCUCCAGGGGAAGGCCAAUACAAAGGCUAGCCGUAACCGACGACGAAGUCACGCCAACUAUCAGUACCCAGGAGCAGUCAAUGACCGGCUCUUCCAGCCAUGGUAUCGACACAAGCAUCGUUCUGGGAGCGGGUGCGUGAUAUGUGAAGGAUGCCUGAGCGAUGAGGAUCCGGCCUGUGGAGAGUCUUUAAAGCUGUCCUGUGAGGAGCUUGGAUGCGAUAUAAGCUGCUUGAUACCGAGAGAACAUAUACAGUCAACUCUAGAUGAUCCGGACUCUGAAAGCCCGGAAAGCAUCUAUUUUCACGUCGGAGCGAUUGGGUCUGGAGACGCUGUCAUCCGAUCUGGCAAACGGCGUGAUCAGAUUGCUGCAGAAGCUGGUGUUAUCGCUUUUGAGAUAGAGGGAGCAGGUGUUUGGGACGAGCUACCGUGCAUUGUUAUCAAGAGCGCGUGUGACUAUGCCGAUAGCCACAAAAACAAGGAAUGGCAGAACUAUGCUGCCGCAACGGCGGCGUCGGUAGCAAAGGCGGUUAUUGAGAGAUAUAUUGCCCCUGCUAUGGUUACCAAUUCUAUGCAGUCUUCGGAUUCAGAUCUGGGUGGUCGACAGGAGACCCAAUGGGGUGGAGGAGGAACAGGAGGUGGUACCGGCGGAACUCAGUUCAAUGGCAGCAUCUCGGGGUCGAAUUUCGUCGUUGGUAAUCACACAUCUGGCGGCGGAACAACCAGUAUUAGCUUUGCCUGA